CGAGAAACGGCGGCGGGAGGCGGCGAAGGACUGGAGGGAAUCGGCGCGCCGCAGUGCCCGACCGGGAGUAUCUGCAGCGACCAAGCUACUGCGAUGCGGCUUUCGCCUUGGAGCAGAUUUCAAAGGGGAAGGCGACAGGACGGAAAGCGCCGCUGUGGCUGCGAGCAAAGUUUCAGAGACUGUUGUUUAAACUGGGCUGUUACAUUCAGAAAAACUGCGGGAAGUUUUUGGUUGUCGGCCUCCUGAUAUUUGGGGCUUUCGCUGUAGGAUUAAGGGCAGCUAAUCUCGAGACCAACGUGGAGGAACUGUGGGUGGAAGUUGGUGGUCGAGUGAGUCAGGAGUUAAAUUACACACGGCAGAAGAUUGGAGAAGAGGCCAUGUUCAACCCCCAGCUCAUGAUCCAGACUCCACAGGAAGAUGGUGCUAAUGUACUAACAACAGAAGCACUCCGACAGCACCUUGAGUCUGCACUUCAGGCCAGCAGAGUACAUGUCUAUAUGUACAACAGACAGUGGAAAUUGGAACAUUUGUGUUACAAAUCAGGAGAACUCAUCACUGAAGCAGGUUACAUGGACCAGAUCAUAGAAUAUCUUUAUCCUUGCUUAAUUAUCACUCCUUUGGACUGCUUCUGGGAGGGAGCAAAGCUACAGUCAGGAACUGCCUAUCUAUUAGGGAAGCCUCCUUUGCAGUGGAUCAACUUUGACCCUUUAGAAUUCUUGGAAGAGUUAAAGAAAAUAAACUACCAAGUGGAGAGCUGGGAAGAAAUGCUGAAUAAAGCAGAGGUUGGUCAUGGUUAUAUGGAUCGACCCUGCCUGAAUCCUGCUGAUCCCGAUUGCCCAAUCACAGCUCCCAAUAAAAAUUCCACCAAACCUCUUGAUGUAGCCCUUGUUUUGAGUGGUGGAUGCUAUGGACUAUCAAGAAAAUACAUGCAUUGGCAGGAGGAGCUGAUUAUAGGUGGUACAGUCAAGAACAGUUCUGGUAAACUUGUCAGUGCCCAGGCUUUACAAACCAUGUUUCAAUUAAUGACCCCUAAGCAAAUGUAUGAACAUUUCAAGGGGUAUGAAUAUGUUUCACAUAUCAACUGGAACGAGGACAAAGCAGCAGCAAUUUUGGAAGCCUGGCAGAGGAUGUAUGUUGAGGUUGUUCAUCAAAGUGUUGCACAAAAUUCUACUCAGAAGGUGCUUUCCUUCACUACGACCACCCUGGAUGACAUCUUGAAGUCAUUUUCUGAUGUCAGUGCUAUCCGAGUAGCUAGUGGCUACUUACUAAUGCUUGCCUAUGCCUGUUUGACGAUGCUGCGGUGGGACUGUGCCAAGUCUCAGGGUGCUGUGGGGCUGGCAGGAGUCUUGUUGGUUGCACUCUCUGUGGCUGCAGGAUUGGGCCUGUGCUCGUUGAUCGGAAUUUCCUUUAAUGCUGCCACAACUCAGGUUUUGCCUUUUCUUGCUCUUGGAGUUGGUGUAGAUGAUGUUUUCCUUCUGGCACAUGCAUUUAGUGAAACAGGACAGAAUAAGAGAAUUCCAUUUGAGGACAGAACAGGUGAAUGUCUGAAGCGAACAGGAGCAAGUGUAGCCCUUACAUCUAUCAGCAAUGUUACUGCUUUCUUUAUGGCUGCCUUAAUUCCUAUUCCAGCUUUAAGAGCAUUUUCACUCCAAGCAGCUGUUGUGGUGGUGUUCAAUUUUGCUAUGGUUCUGCUGAUUUUUCCUGCUAUCCUGAGCAUGGACCUUUACCGUCGGGAGGACAGGAGACUGGAUAUAUUUUGCUGUUUUACAAGCCCGUGUGUCACCAGAGUGAUUCAGGUUGAGCCUCAAGCUUAUGCAGAAAAUGACAAUACCUGCUACAGUCCUCCACCCCCGUACAGCAGCCACAGUUUUGCACAUGAAACCCAGAUUACAAUGCAGUCCACAGUGCAGCUGCGCACAGAAUAUGAUCCUCACACGCAGGUGUACUACACCACAGCAGAGCCCCGCUCAGAAAUAUCUGUGCAGCCAGUGACAGUGACACAAGAUAACCUGAGCUGCCAGAGCCCAGAAAGCACAAGCUCGACGAGGGAUUUGCUUUCCCAAUUCUCAGACUCCAGUAUACAUUGCCUUGAGCAACCCUGUGCAAAGUGGACACUCUCAUCUUUUGCAGAAAAGCAUUAUGCUCCAUUCCUCCUAAAACCAAAAGCUAAGAUUGUGGUUAUUUUUCUUUUUCUGGGUUUACUUGGGCUCAGCCUUUAUGGAACUACCCGGGUAAGAGAUGGACUAGAUCUCACAGACAUUGUACCACGGGAAACACGAGAAUACGACUUUAUUGCUGCACAGUUCAAGUACUUUUCAUUCUACAACAUGUAUAUUGUGACACAGAAAGCAGACUAUCCAAAUGUCCAGCAGUUACUUUAUGAACUUCACAGAAGUUUCAGCAACGUGGCAUAUGUUUUGUUGGAAGAGGAUAGGCAGCUCCCCAAAAUGUGGUUGCACUACUUUCGAGACUGGCUGCAAGGACUUCAGGAUGCAUUUGACAGUGACUGGGAAACCGGGAAGAUCACUUACAACAGCUAUAAAAAUGGUUCUGACGAUGCUGUUUUGGCUUACAAACUCUUGGUACAAACAGGCAACCAUGCAAAGCCUAUUGACAUCAGCCAGUUGACUAAACAGCGUCUGGUGGAUGCAGAUGGAAUCAUUAACCCAAAUGCUUUCUACAUCUACCUGACAGCCUGGGUUAGCAAUGACCCUGUGGCCUACGCUGCCUCGCAGGCCAACAUCCGCCCACACCGCCCAGAGUGGGUGCACGACAAAGCAGACUACAUGCCAGAAACACGGCUGAGGAUUCCAGCAGCCGAGCCCAUAGAAUAUGCUCAGUUUCCUUUCUACCUCAAUGGAUUGCGUGAAACUUCUGACUUUGUGGAGGCUAUUGAGAAAGUGAGAGCUAUCUGUAACAACUACACCAGCUUGGGGAUCUCCAGCUACCCUAAUGGUUACCCAUUUCUCUUCUGGGAGCAGUACAUUGGACUUCGUCACUGGCUCCUCUUAUCCAUUAGUGUGGUUUUGGCUUGCACGUUUCUGGUGUGUGCCCUCUUCCUCCUAAACCCCUGGACAGCUGGGAUCAUUGUGGUGGUGCUGGCUCUGAUGACUGUGGAGCUGUUUGGCAUGAUGGGUCUAAUUGGAAUAAAGCUGAGUGCAGUGCCUGUGGUUAUCCUGAUUGCUUCUGUUGGCAUUGGUGUGGAAUUCACUGUUCAUGUUGCAUUGGCGUUUUUAACUGCCAUAGGAGACAGGAACCAUAGGGCUGUCCUUGCAUUGGAACAUAUGUUUGCACCAGUGCUGGAUGGGGCUGUGUCCACUCUGCUUGGGGUGUUAAUGCUUGCAGGAUCAGAGUUUGAUUUUAUUGUCAGGUAUUUCUUUGCUGUUUUGGCAAUCCUAACCAUUCUGGGAGUUCUCAAUGGAUUGGUGCUGCUUCCUGUUCUUCUCUCAUUCUUUGGACCAUACCCUGAGGUUUCUCCAACUAAUGGACAGGACAGAUUGCCCACACCAUCUCCUGAGCCACCCCCCGGUACUGUGAGGUUUGCACUGCCACCUGGCCACACAAAUAAUGCUUCAGAUUCCUCUGAUUCUGAGUACAGCUCUCAAACCACAGUGUCUGGAAUCAGUGAAGAGCUGCAUCAGUACGAGGCCACCCGAGGUCCUGGGGCACCAGCCCAUCAAGUAAUAGUGGAAGCGACUGAGGAUCCUCUCUUUGCAAGAUCCACUGUGGUUCAGCCAGAAGCCAGGCAUCAGCCGAGCCCUCGGCUGCAGCCGAAUCCAGAGCCCAGCACGCAGCAGCCAUGGCAUCAGGGCAGGCAGCCCAAAAGGGAAGCGAGGGAAGGGCCGCGACCACCUCCUUACCGCCCUCCCGCGGGAGCAGCCUACUGCCAGCCCAUCACCACUGUGACUGCCUCAGCCUCAGUCACUGUUGCUGUCCACCCUGCCCUGCACAGCCACAGCCCUCGGGGAGCAAGCUUUCCGUCCUACGAGGGACACCACGAGGCUGGCCGCGCGCCAUUUGAGGACCCCCACGUGCCUUUUAAUGUGCGAUGUGAAAGAAGGAAUUCUAAAGUGGAAGUUAUAGAACUGCAAGAUGUUGAAUGUGAGGAGAGGAUACCUGGCAACAGCUCACAAUAAGGGUAAUAACUGAAGCAAAGAAGAGGCCAAAGAUGGAAAACUGUAUUCCAGAACUGCUUGAAGAGAAGAACUGCUUGAAGUUGUAGAAAAGGACAUGCUGCAUCAGGACAACAGUUCACUGUUACUGUAACCUAUUGUAUUAUUUUGUUAAAUAUUUCUUUUAAGUAUUUAAAAGAUGUACACAUAUGUAAUAUACAAAAGAAUGAUGUAAAGUAGUAUAGUCUGGAGUAAUUUGCCUUUGGGCAAUAGAAUGGGGACAAAAUUGUGUGCUCUUUGUACUUUUUGUACAUUGAUAUCUGUGCCACAACUAAGCUUAAUCUAGUUCUAAAUUUCAGCAUAAGUUGCUGCUGCUUAAAUAUUUUAUAAUUUACUUGUAUAAUUCUAUGCAAAUAUUGCUUAUGUAAUAGGAUUUUUUAAAAGGUACAUGUCUGUUUAAAAUAUUUUAAAUUUGUGUAUCACAACCCUGUGGUAGUAUGAAAUGUUACUGUUAACUUUCAAACACGCUAUGCGUGGUAAUUUUUAAAAUAAGCAAAUAUGAAGAAAAGCGAGUUAAUCUGGGAGGCUUAAAUAGACUUUGCUAUGUGCAGGUUUUGUUUUGCUGUAUGUGUCCAAGCGUGCGUCUGGAAACAUGCCUGCUUUUGUGUGUAUGUUCCUGGUGUACUCUAGUUUCUUUUUUACUGUAUGUUAACACUUGGUGGGCUUACAAACCCACUCAUGCUGAUGUGAGUCUGGCUUUCCCUGUUAGUAGGCACUAGUGAAAACUCUGUUGUUGUUUACCAAUAUAUACAACUAUAGACUGCCAUCAUCAAAGGCCCAACUAAAAUACUAGAGAAGACAGGGAGUUGAGGUUUAGAAUUAUAUUUCAGUUCCCAAACCCUUAAAGUCUUGUUUCACAUUACUUUAGUCAAGUUACUUAACUGCCCCAUGCCUCAAUUUUUCAUUCUGUAAAAUGGUUAUAAUUACACUUACCUACCUCCCAGGAAUGUUGUGAGGCUUAAUUACAGUUCAUGUAGUGCUUCGAGGUUUUUUUUUUCCCUCGCAAAAUAUGCCAGGUAAGUGCAAGCACUAUGACCAUUAUUUUUUCACUUCUAAAGGUGCUGGAUAUUGACAGGUGCUGGUGGUUAUAGAAAUACAAUGAGCAUCUGAUCUGCCUUAUUUUGAUACUGUUAAUUUUGAAUGGGAUCAGAAGCUGGAUAAUGGAUUGUUUGAUGGUGAGCCACAGCUUAGCUGAGUCAUUACAGCAUUGAAAGCAGUAUCUCUGGUCACCUUAUUUUCGUGGCAGGAAGGAGUUAAUAGUAAGUAAUAAAAAUCAAAUGGAAGGAUUAAAAAAAAAGUACAUUCACUUUUAAAUAUAAAUGGCUUUCUGGUGGGCCAGGAUGGUAAUGACACUUAAGGCCUGGGUAGUUAUUUUCUUUAUUGUUUGUGUUUUCCCAUGCUGCAUUGGCACUUUUAAUUAUAACAGCUAAACUGGGAUCUCUUUGCGAAACUAAUUUAGCUUUUUGUACUAUUAUUUUUAAACUAAAAGGGGAUUGCUGCAGGUGAAGGGUCUGGAAAAACACUGCAACUGUGUUCCCACUGGAAACAAAAUGUAGGAACAAAGAACCUUAAUUUAAAAUAAUGCAACACAAGUUUUCGUUAUCUCCAUCUUCUUUUUUAUCUUUUUCUGCCCUUCACCAAGCUGUUUUUUAGAGCAAGUAGAUGUUCAGGUAGAUGUUCAGUUUUGUAUUCAGAGCCAAACACAGCCAAUAUUCAGUUUCUAAACACAGCAGUGGUGGGGCUUUUCUUUAUGUAUACCUGAAUAACAGUGGCCAAUUCUUUGAUGGGAAAGUGUUUUUCUCCAGUGGCUUCAGGGAGUCUAUCUUUGCCUACAGACCUUGCCAGCAAAACGAAUGGGGAUAAUGAGAAUGCACAAAAUUCCAUGCCUUUUUUGCUCACUUGAAAACACUUUGAUAUGAGGCACUUGUUUACAGAUCUCCAAUGUGAACGCUCGAAGAGCAGGUGGCGAGAGCCUGGUGUCAUUCCCGUGAUACAUAAGCUACUGUCUCAGUGCACACCAAGGGUUAAUGUCGCAGCUGCCUACUGGUCCAGUUCACUGUCUAACAUGAAAACUCUUGAUGACAAAAAGGUGAGGGGCCCCAAUUUAGCACGAGCAGCAUAGUGACCUCAGAUCAUACAGAUCUGCAACAAAACUGUAUGAUACCAAUUGGAAGCCGCCUUCAACCACCAAGCUUGUGCGCUUGCGUGUCAGAGACUGGCAGGGCUCCCACUGGCACCGCUCCGUGCCGCAGGCUGCCUUGCUUCCUGCUCUUCCUCGGCAGGCAAGGGGCGCAGGGCAAGUUGCAGUGUCUCCCACCUGCCCCUGCCCCGAGCCUGCCUGCGUGCUUGUGUGUGUGUGAGCUGUCUGCUGCUUUGUGCACAAUGUAGACCUUCUUCUUCGAUAGUCACAUUGGCAAGGGGAGAACUCAGUGGCUGGCAACCUUUGUUUUGUUUUGGUUUUGUUUCUUAACUUUUUUAAUCAUGGGUGAUAUUUAUAUUUUUGUAUCAUAAGAAUGUUUUUCUUACAGUAUUUGUCAUGCCAGUUUAUAACAAACAAAAUGCAGGGAUUUUAUUUCUAUUGGAAACACUAUUACAGUUAUGUUUUUACUGUUUAAUGGAUUUUUAUUUGUAUAGAGUGCUUACUAAUGUUAAAUAGGAAAGAGUAUAUAACAUUUACAUUAUGGACUUGUAGCUUUUAGUGUAAGGAGUUAAAAGGAAAAAAAUAUUCAAACUGGGUCUCAUUGCCUGCCUGUUUGGUAGGAGUGGGUUUGUGUCUUUUCAGUUACAAAGAUAAAAUUAUGCCAUAUAAUUUAUUUAUAUGAAAAUUUAUUUUUGUAGUGUACAUAGUAGUCAUCAAGUCUUUUGACAGAAGUAUAUUUUUAAAGAGUUUAUAUGUAAUGAUGAUACCAUUAUGUUUUGGAACACUGCUGAGAUACAAUUACAGUGCACACUUUUCCUUGUAAACCCCCUGGAGAAAAGAAAGUGUUUAACAGUGUUAAGAGAGAAAGAGAGUGUGGCUAUUCAUACAAUUCUGAACUGUGUUUUAGUUACUAUUUGUGAUCUAGCGUGGUUCUCAUUUUAAGCUUUGAAUGGAAAUUGUAAAAACUCUCUAAAUAUUAAUGUUCAAACACUGAUAGAAAUUCUAACAUGAAUAAAAAAAUAUUAUAACUUACUGGA